AUGGCUGAGGUGGGCUUGGCAUUUCUCUCUGCUUCACUCAGCGUGUUGUUUGACAGAAUGGCAUCUCCAGAGGUGGCUGACUUCUUGCAGGGAAGAAAACAAACCGAAAAGCUCUCAAGGAAAUUGAAGAUAGCAAUGCGGUAUGUGAAUGCUGUGCUUGCAGACGCGGAAGAAAAGCAACUUACGGAUCCUUCGGUGAAAGACUGGGUUGACGAUUUGAAGGAUGUUCUCUUCGACGCGGAGGACAUCUUGGAUGAGAUUGCUACUGAAGCCUUGCAAAGAAAGCUGGACGCUGAAUCUAGUACUACUGCAGAAAAGGUACGAGACCGCUUCUCUAAUAUUGUCCUUGAUACUUUUGUCAAUGAAGUAGAGCCAAAAAUGGAAGAGGUACUUGAUAGACUUGAAGAUCUAACAAAGCAAAAGGAUUGUAUGGGUCUACAAGUAGGAGGAGUUGGAGGAAAACGAUAUCCAGAACAGGUGCUCACUUCUUACGUCUCAGAGUCCGACACUUUUGGUAGGAAUGAGGACAAGAAAAAAAUUAUCGACUUAUUGCUCUCGUCUGAUGCGAGUGGCAAUGAAAGGUGCGUGAUUGCCAUCGUUGGCAUGGGGGGAAUCGGCAAGACUACCCUUGCUCAACUGGCAUACAACGACACUCGGGUGGAGCAACGUUUCAAUCUUAAAAUAUGGUUUUGUGUUUCAGAAGAAUUUGUUGUGCCCAAUGUAAUGAAAUCAAUUAUAGAUCAGUCUUCAACUUCAUCAGCUCCUUCUAUAGAGGAUCCAGAGCAGCUUCAAGAGUUCCUAAGCCAACUCUUGCGCUAUGGGACUCAAGGAAGUAAGAUCCUUGUCACCACAAGGAAUAAAAGCGUUGCAUUGGCCAUGAAGGCAACUGCAACUCAUCAUAUAAAGCUAUUACCAAAUGAUGAUUGCUGGUUCCUUUUUGAAAAACAUGCAUUUCGUGAUGGUAGCUCCAAUGCAGAUCCAGAGAUAAUAGAUAUAGGUAGAAAAAUUGUGAAAAAGUGCAAAGGUCUACCUUUAGCAAUCAAAGCCAUUGGCGAUCUCUUGUGGUCUGAAUCAAAUGUCGAGAGAUGGACGAAUAUAUUGAAGAGUAAUUUAUGGGAUCUUCACAUGAAGGGGACAUACAUUCUUCCGGCUUUGAGAUUAAGUUAUAAGUAUCUCCCCUCAUACUUAAAAAGAUGUUUUGCUUAUUGUUCGAUAUUUCCAGAAGAUUAUAUUUUUGAAAAAGAUCAAUUGGUUUUAUUAUGGAUGGCGGAAGGUUUCUUGCAACAAUCUGAAAUAGAAACUAUGGAAGAAGUUGGCAAUCGUUACUUCGAUGCUCUUGUAUCAAGAUCAUUAUUUCAAAAAUCAAGAUCAGGUUUUGUAAUGCAUGAUCUUGUCAACAACUUGGCAAAUUUCGUGACUGGGCAAUUUAGCUUUACGCGGUUGAAUGGUGAUAAUUCAAAAGAAAUUGGGAGGAUGACUCGCUAUUUAUCGUAUUUCCAUAGAAGUUCGGAUAACUUUGUUAAGGAUAUUGAAGAGGAUCUUUACAAGGCAAAGCAAUUGCGCACUUUCCUAGUAUUAGAUUGUAUUGUAGGGGCUGAAAUCAAAAUGCCAAGGGCAUGGUGCUUAAAAGUUUUUUCUCUAUCUGGGAUAAGGCAGCUAACUGAUCAGUUGUUUGAUUCAAUUAGUAAAAUGAAACAUCUACGUUAUUUGGAUGUUUCUAAAUCACUUAUUAAAGGGUUGCCCAAUUCCAUAUGUAUGUUGUACAAUUUGCAAACUUUGAAGUUAUCAGGGUGUAGGGAGUUGGAAAGAUUGCCAAGAGAUAUGUGGAAACUUGUUAAUUUACGUCAUCUUCAAAUUGAUGGAACUAGACAAUUAAAGGAGAUGCCGAUACAAAUGGGUAGAUUAAAAUGUCUCCAGACGCUAUCCAAAUUCAUCGUCAGCAAACAUGAUAAUGGGUCUAGCAAUAUUGGAGAAUUGGGAAACCUAAUAAAUCUUCGGGGAAAACUUUUAAUUCAACAGCUCCAAAAUGUUAGAUCAGCCAAGGAUUCUUUGGAUGCAAGGUUGAAGGAUAAGCGUUAUCUCGAGGAGUUGGUGUUAGAAUGGAAUCCCUUAGAACAAGUACGUGGUAUUUUGGAAAGUCAAAGAAGUGUACUUGAAAAUCUGCAGUCUCAUGAAAAAUUGAAAAGUCUCACCAUCAAGUACUACGGCGGGAGAGGUUUUCCUGAUUGGAUAGGACACAUGUCCCUUCCGUCUCUUUGUUAUUUAGAGUUAAGAAAUUGUCCAGAAGUUGAUUCGUUUCCAGAAGGGAGGUUGCCUUCCAAUCUAAAGCAAAUUGUGAUCAGGAGGUGUAAGAAACUCAUUGCAAACUGGAAGGGAUGGGAUUUGCAAAUACUCCCCUCUUGA